AAGGGAGGGGGGUGUGCGCAGCCCGUGUCAGUUUCGGAGUCCUGGCGGCUCACCUUCGCGCCAAGGAUUCUGAGCCGAGGCUCCCGGUGAAGCUUUUCCCUCCUCUGCGAACCGGGCCCUCCACCCUGUUCUGUAGCGCCCUGCAUCUCCCCCAGCUCGGGGGCCCUUCCUGCAUUUCCUCGGCGGUGCGUUGAUCCUGGGGACUUUCUGUUUGUUUGUUUUCCCCUUUUCCCUCUUUGUUGCUCCGAAACCAUUCAAGCCGAACCCCCCCCCCCCACCACCACCACCCCGGAGGGCGUUCGACUUGUGAAGAAAGGCGGCUGCCGCGGACAGCACCGGCCCCUCCUGCGGACCCGAAAGCCGGUGCGCCCACCCCGUCUGCCCUACCCGCCGGCCGCCUGCGUUCGUUCGCCGGAGGAAGCCAGCCGAGAAUUCAUUGAUGCACCCAUUCCAGUGGUGUAACGGGUGUUUUUGUGGCCUGGGACUGGUUAGCACCAACAAGUCCUGCUCAAUGCCACCCAUCAGUUUCCAAGACCUUCCCCUCAACAUCUACAUGGUCAUCUUUGGCACAGGCAUCUUCGUCUUCAUGCUCAGUCUCAUCUUCUGCUGCUAUUUUAUCAGCAAACUCCGGAACCAGGCACAGAGUGAGCGAUACGGCUAUAAAGAGGUGGUGCUUAAAGGUGAUGCCAAGAAGUUGCAGUUAUAUGGGCAGACCUGUGCAGUCUGUCUGGAAGACUUCAAGGGGAAGGACGAGCUAGGUGUGCUCCCAUGCCAACAUGCCUUUCACCGGAAGUGUCUGGUGAAGUGGCUAGAAGUACGCUGUGUCUGCCCUAUGUGUAACAAGCCCAUUGCUGGGCCCUCAGAGGCCACUCAGAGCAUUGGAAUCCUAUUGGACGAGCUGGUGUGAAUGCUGCCUCUACACCAAGGCCUGGAGAAGACCGCUUGCCUCAUGGGUGCCUGGCCCUUCCACACAGCUACGGGUGAACAAGACUGGUGGGUGGUGACUGAUGUGCUUACCUGAAGGGGCAGUAAUGCAGGGCUGGGCUCCCACAAUCAGGGGGAGGCCUGAGUCGCCCCACCUUUCUGCCUCCUGAAGCCUUCUUCAGCUACUCAGCACCUGCUACUCAGCACUGGCGGUGUCACCCAUCAAGAACGCUGUAUCCUGGUUCGGACUGUCUACCUGCCUGUCCCUGUGGGGGAAGCUGGGGAAGGCAAUCCACCCCUAUCUGGCCGAGAACUUGGAGUUCACCCCUUAGGAGGACUGGCUGCCCUGACCUAGAAGGGAGGAGAUGGGCCCUGCCCCACCUGUAACCUGCCUCCCCUCGUCGCUCCUUCCACAGGAAGGGGAGAAGGGGAGGAAGGAACCAUCAAGGAACCAAGUGCCUCCAGUGCAAGCGAGGGAGGCUCUGUAGGAAAUCAGGAAGAACAGGGACAUGGAAAAAGGAAAGUCAAUGUUUACAUGGGGCCUAUGGAAAUAAAGGCUUGGCCUGUAGGCCUGCUGACCACAGGGUAAUGGGGGGCGGAUGCCUUCCCUCUGCUAGGAUCUGAGGUGCUAUCCAUUCACUGUCUUCCUCAGCUGAUCUCAGAGCGUCCUAUUCCGUUUUGGGGUUAUAGUACCCCUCCAGAGGAAGGGCUUAUUUUACACUCAAAUGAAUUCCCAGGGGCUUUUUCUAAAGGAGCAAAAGGGGCCUGGGGAUGGGGGUGUCUGAAGGUUAAGGUGGCAACAGAUACCUUCUUCCCCUUUGUAAAUAGUAUUUUUAUACUUCAUCCUCACCAUCUCAGGCUUUAUACAUGGAAUCCCCUGAAUGGAGGGGGUAGGGUUUCCUCUCUCCUCCCCCCCCCCCCCAGAAUAGGUGAGGGUGGGAGAAAGGUAUGUAUUUAAAGAAAAUUAAAUUUAAUAACAAGUUUCUCUUUUUGCCUGUGGUUGUGGCCUGUGUCUCUUGGCCCUUUUCUGCCAGCAGAGAAAACAAGUUCUCUACCCGCCUCUCGCUU